UCGGGGCGGAAGCUAGUGCGGUUUGGGGCCGGCGGUUGCUGAGCGGACCCGGCCGUCUCAGGACCCGAGUCCCCGCUCGGCGCCCGCUGCGGGCCGCCGCCAUGUCGCUGCUGCAGUCGGCGCUCGACUUCCUGGCCGGCCCAGGGUCCCUGGGCGGCGCCGCCGGCCGCGACCACACCGACUUCGUGGGGCAGACGGUGGAGCUGGGCGAGCUGCGGCUGCGGGUGCGGCGGGUCCUGGCUGAAGGAGGGUUUGCAUUUGUGUACGAAGCUCAAGACCUGGGAAGCGGCCGAGAGUACGCGCUGAAGAGACUGCUAUCCAGUGAGGAGGAGAAGAGCAGAGCCAUCAUUCAGGAAGUUUGUUUCAUGAAAAAGCUGUCUGGCCACCCCAACAUUGUCCAGUUCUGUUCCGCAGCAUCAAUAGGAAAGGAGGAGUCAGACACUGGGCAGGCCGAGUUCCUGCUGCUGACAGAGCUCUGCAAAGGGCAGCUGGUGGAGUUUUUAAGGAAAAGUGAAUCCCGAGGGCCGCUUUCGUGCGACACUGUCCUGAAGGUUUUCUACCAGACGUGCAGAGCUGUCCAGCACAUGCACCGGCAGAAGCCACCCAUCAUCCACAGAGACCUCAAGGUGGAAAACUUGUUGCUGAGUAACCAGGGGACCAUUAAGCUGUGUGACUUCGGCAGUGCCACCACCAUAUCGCACUUCCCCGACUAUAGCUGGAGCGCCCAGAAGCGGGCGCUGGUGGAGGAAGAGAUCACCAGGAACACAACACCCAUGUAUAGGACGCCGGAAAUCGUGGACUUGUACUCAAACUUCCCAAUCAGUGAAAAGCAGGACAUCUGGGCCCUGGGCUGCAUCCUGUACCUUCUGUGCUUCCGGCAGCACCCUUUUGAGGACGGAGCGAAGCUGCGGAUAGUGAACGGGAAAUACUCGAUCCCGCCUAACGACACUCGGUACUGCGUGUUCCACGACCUCAUCCGCGCCAUGCUGAAGGUGAACCCGGAGGAGCGGCUGUCCAUCACAGAGUUGGUGAACCAGCUGCAGGAGAUCGCGGCUGCCAGGAACGUGAACCCCAAGUCGCCCAUCACCGAGCUCCUGGAACAGAACGGAGGUUAUGGGAACUCUGCCCCGCCCCCACCCGGGGGCCCCACGAACAGCAGCUGCCGUGCAGGCCUGGUGGUUGCCGAGUAUGACCAGCCUUAUGGCGGGCUGCUGGACAUCCUGCGCGGGGGCACUGGGCGCCUGCUUACAAACAUCAAGGACACCUCCUCAAAGGUCAUCCAGUCUGUCGCCAGUUAUGCAAAGGGAGAUUUGGACAUAUCUUACAUCACAUCCCGAAUUGCAGUGAUGUCGUUUCCGGCAGAAGGUGUGGAGUCAGCUAUCAAAAAUAACAUAGAAGAUGUGCGGUUGUUUCUGGAUUCCAAGCACCCUGGCCAUUACGCGGUAUACAACCUGUCCCCGCGAACGUACCGGCACUCCAAGUUUCACAACCGGGUCUCCGAGUGCGGCUGGGCGGCCAGGCGGGCCCCAAACCUUCACAGCCUGUACAGCAUUUGCAGGAACAUGCACGCUUGGCUCCGGCAGGACCACAAGAACGUGUGCGUGGUGCACUGCAUGGACGGGCGAGCAGCGUCAGCCGUGGCCGUCUGCUCCUUCCUGUGCUUCUGCCGGCUCUUCAGCACCGCCGAGGCUGCCGUGUACAUGUUCAGCAUGAAGCGCUGCCCGCCAGGCAUCUGGCCGUCUCACAAAAGGUACAUCGAGUACAUGUGUGACAUGGUGGCAGAGGAGCCCAUCACGCCCCACAGCAAGCCGAUCCUGGUGCGGGCUGUCGUCAUGACGCCCGUGCCGCUGUUCAACAAGCAGAGGAGCGGCUGCAGGCCCUUCUGCGAGGUCUAUGUGGGGGACGAGCGUGUGGCCACCACCUCCCAGGAGUACGACAAGAUGCGGGAUUUUAAAAUCGAGGACGGCAAAGCAGUCAUUCCCCUGGGUACAACUGUCCAAGGGGACGUGCUCAUUGCCAUCUACCACGCGAGGUCCACCCUUGGCGGACGACUGCAGGCCAAGAUGGCGUCCAUGAAGAUGUUUCAGGUCCAGUUCCACACGGGAUUCGUGCCUCGGAACGCCACCACUGUGAAGUUUGCCAAGUAUGACUUGGACGCGUGUGACAUCCAGGAGAAGUUCCCAGAUUUGUUUCAAGUGAACCUGGAGGUGGAAGUGGAGCCCAGAGACAGGCCCAGCCGGGAGGCUCCACCCUGGGAGAGCACGAGCAUGAGGGGGCUGAAUCCCAAAAUCCUCUUUUCCAGCCGGGACGAGCAGCAAGACAUUCUGUCCAAGUUCGGGAAGCCGGAGCUCCCCAGGCAGCCUGGCUCCACCGCUCAGUACGACGCCGAGACGGGAUCCCCAGAUGCGGAGCCCACGGAGUCAGAGUCACCGCAGAGCAGCAGCACAGACACCAACCACUUCCUGCACACCCUGGACUGGCAUGAGGAGAAAGACUCCGAGAUGGUCCUGGAAAGGAACUUCAUCAAGGAGACCUCAGCCGGCCCGGCUCAGGACGAAGGUGACAGUGAGCCGUCUGACGAGGAAGCGGCAGUGUUCUCAGCUAAGAGCAGUAACACGGCUGACGAGGACACGCCGGGCCCGGCUGCGAGGGCACAAGACCAAGAGUUGCUUUUUGAUGGGAACACGACGGCCAUCCCUCAGGAGCCCACGCUGCCUGAGGAUGGCGUCGACCUCCUGGGGCUGCACUCCGAAGCAGGACCAGCACCCCCCACGCAGGCCUCGGGGGCUCCCCCCAGCAACGCCGACCUGCUCAGCUCUCUCCUGGGGGUCCCAGAGGCUGCUCCGGAGAGCUGCCCAGGCGAUCUCCUCGGCAGUGAGGGCCCCCUGCUCUUCACAAGCCCUGCCCCUCCCCCGAGUGCACGGAGCACACCUCGCGAAGGGCCCACUGUGGCGGCCGACCCGUUUGACCCUCUCCUGGUGACCUGUGACCCAGACGCCCCGCCCUGCUCCGAGCCCCACCUCUUUGGCGAAUUUCUUAAUUCGGAUUCUCCAGCUGCCCAGUCUGCGUCCUUCCCCUCCACACACAGCGCCCCACCCCCGACCUGCAGUACAGACUUCCUACAACUGGGGGAUGUACUGGCAGAGUCCAGCAAGAUGCCUGCGUCGGCCAGCCACCCAGACCUGCUGGGAGGAUGGGACACCUGGGCGGAGGCGCCAGCCCCCACACCGGCCCCAGAAGGCCCCUUCUUCUCUUCUGGAGGCCAGCCGGCCCCUCCUGGCCCCUCAGCCAGUCAGACCAAAUCUCAGAGCCUGGACCCGUUUGCAGACCUCGGCGACCUCAGUUCCAGCCUCCAAGGCUCACCUGCUGGAUUUGCUCCUGGGGGCUUUGGUCCCAAAGCGGCCCCCCCACCCAAGGGCACUGGCUCCUGGCAGACAAGUCGGCCCACAGCCCAAGGCACUCCACGGCCCUCCCAGGCCAAGCCACCCCUCAGAGCCGGUGCUCAGCCAAGGCCGAGCUAUGCCACGAACUUCAGUGUGAUCGGUGGCCGAGAGGAGAGGGGUGUCCGUGUCCCCAGCUUUGUGCAAAAGCCGCGGGUGUCUGAGACCGACUUUGAGGACCUGCUCUGCAAUCAAGGCUUCUCCUCCAAGGCCGACAGGAAGGGGCCAAGGACCAUCGCCGAGAUGAGGCGGCAGGACCAGGCGAGGGACACGGACCCACUCAAGCUGAAGCUCCUGGACUGGACCGAGGGCAAGGAGAGGAACAUCCGCGCCCUGCUGUCCACGCUCCACACCGUGCUGUGGGACGGCGAGAGCCGCUGGACGCCCGUGGGCAUGGCCGACCUGGUGACGCCUGGGCAAGUGAAGAAGCAGUACCGCAGGGCCGUGCUGGUGGUCCACCCGGACAAGGCGGUGGGGCAGCCCUACGAGCAGCAGGCCAGGAUGAUCUUCAUGGAGCUGAGCGACGCCUGGGCCGAGUUCGAGAGCCAGGGCGCCCGUCCUCUCUAUUGAGCCCGCGUGGUCGCCGCUUCGCGUGCAGCUCACAGAGCCGGAAGCUGCUGGGCUCAGCCAAGAGCCGCCUGGAGGCCGUGCAGCGUGGGCUGACUCGGCUGCACCGGUGGCCGCGCCCCGCCCUCGGUGGACCUGGAGCAGACACGGUCCAGCCCUUGUCGCCGUCCCCGUGGGCACGAGGAGAGAAAGCAUUCCGAAGCCUCUUGGUUUUUCUUUCUUUUUCCCAAAGGAAAGUAUUGAUUCACGCCCCUCCUACAAUCGUCAUAGUCUGUGAUUUAUUUUGUUCAGUGGCCGUCCCCCCGAGAGCGUGUCCCCUCAGGGUAGUGCGCGCUGCCCAGCUGUCCUCUCCUGACCCUGUCGUGAACGUCCGUGUCCCCCAGUGUAUACCCAGUCUGGCGGCCGCCUGUACAGAAUUAAACUAUUUUCUGAUGA